CGAAAUCAAUUAAAAUAACCAUUUCUUUGUCUGUUCUGUUCUCAUUUGGACUGGUCUUUUAUGUUCCAAUUUCAAUAUUGUGGCCGAUGAUUCGGUCCAAAUUUAACAAAAUGUUCUGUUAUGGAGAAGCGGUAUUCCGUUUUUGCGGCGUAAUUGCAACGACAAUACUGGCAGUUUCGAUUCCGGAAAUGGUUCCACUACUUAGUCUUCUCGCAGCAUUAAGCAUGACCACAAUUAUGCUAUUGAUUCCUGUAGUGAUAGAAACUGCAACAAAAUGGGAACAGCCUACUCGAUUUCUUCUCGUAAAAAACAUCGGAAUUACUCUGAUCUGGAUUCUUUUAUUGAUUUUUGGAACAAUCGAAAGUAUAUUGUCUAUCAUCAAAGAAUAUGGUGGUGUGAAAGAGGAAGGAUGCUGAUUAUUGAAGUUAAUUAGUGAAAACGGCGAAUCAGUUUGUUCUAUUGCUUCUCUGUCAAAACUUGAAGGAAUCUCAAACAGUUUUACAAGUCAAUGGAUUUGUAUCUCAUAAAAACUAGUUAUAUUUACAUACAUAUAAAUGUAUCUUACAUGAUAGUUUAAACUUCCGUAAACUUUUCUGAUAUUUGCUUUUUAUUAAUUACUUAUUUUAUAGAGCUUAAUAUAACCCCACAGAAAAGAAUUAGAAAUAUUCAAAAUGACAAUAUGAGAAUAAUACAAAGACGAGUAUUCGAAUAAAAUCUUACGUAGACUCUUAAGUUCCUCUGUAUUUUUCACUCUUACAGCAAUAAAUCGAAACCAAUUAUUCAAUUGCAAAGUUGAUAGCAUCAUCAGAAAGAUAUGAUGUUUAAAUUCCGGAAAUAUUAACUCUUAUGUAAGCAUGCUGCUAACGAGGAAAUUCUAUAAAUAAUUAUGUAUUGAAAUGUAGUUUGCAUGAUAUAUGCUGCUAUAGCGCAAUAGUGAGAUCAUAAAAUCGAGUCUUUAGAAAUAACUUAAGUGAUCAACAACUGAUGACGACCUUUUACGAACAGGAAAAACCCAACGAUGAUCGGAUUUUUUUUAAUCAAAAUACCAUUUCUUCAUUUCCUUAAACUCAGUGCGAUUCGUUAUUUUAUUACCUGCGAAUCGCUAAUCGGACUUUCAAACGUCAGCAACGUGCUUAACUUUAAUUAUUUUUCUACUAGUUUGUAAUAAAAUUUCGGCAACUAAAUACGAAUUCUUAAACAAAUCUAAGUGCGCUCCUAGUUCGUUUGUUUUUUUUUACGAAGCGUCGUUAUAUUUCGAAGAAGUUUGCUUGC